AUGGGUGUCACCACUUAUACCCAAGAGUUCACUACCUCAGUAGUACCCAAUAGGAUGUUCAGGGCUUUGAUCCUUGACUCCCACAACCUCAUCCCCAAGCUUCUCCCUCAAUCCAUCAAGAGCAUUGAGUACGUUGAAGGCGAUGGCAGUGUUGGAAGCAUCAAGCAAACCAACUUACAUGAAGGGAGUCACAUGAAGUGCUUGAAGCACAAGAUCGAUUUACUCGAUGUGGAGAACUAUGAGUGCAAGUACACUUUGAUUGAAGGUGAUGCAUUGGGCGGCGCCGGCAAGCUUGAAUCUCUCUCUUAUGAGGUCAAGUUUGAGGCUAUUGAUGGCGGGAGCAAGGUGACAAGCACAAGCUACUAUUACGCCAAAGGUGACAUUGAGCUCACCGAAGAGGAAAUGGCAGGUGGAAAAGACAAGGCCAUGGGGAUGUUCAAAGUUGUCGAAGAAUACCUGAUCGCAAACCCAGAUGUCUACGCUUAA